AUGAAUUAUAAUCCAUUUGACGAUGAUGAAAAUAAUCAGGAGUCAUACAAAUCUAACUUUUCAAUUCCUAAAGUUCCAUUCUCAGCAUAUACUGACAAUUAUAAAAAAUCAUCCAAAAGAUAUAUACCCUUAAAUGAUAGUGAUGAUGAAGACAAUAACAUAAGAAUUUACAAGUCUGAUAACGAAGCUAGACAAAAUAAUAAUUACAACGGACAAACUCAGGAUUUUAUUGGGUUUCCUUCUUCAGAGGCUGGAGGCUCUUACGGUAAUGAAGUUAAACUGUCACCUAAUAUAUUUUCAAAAAGCACUUCUAAAACAAAUGAUUAUUCGAAACAUAAAAAAUCACCAUUCGUAGGAACAACUCCAUUUUUGGGCUUCAAUGAAAUAGAAAAUGAUACUGACGACUCAAGGGCCACACCAAGAGCAAAAUAUGCGGCAAAUGAAUCACCAAAGAGACUUAAAAACACGGAAGUAUUGAUGAAGAAUAUUGAUAAUGAUAAUGAUGAGUAUGAACCAAAUUCUAUUUCUCCAAUAAGAAAAUCCAUGCAAGAGAGUACGAUCAGUAGUCAAAGGUAUCUAGAUCCACCAAAACCAAUAUUUUCUCCAGAAGCAUUUGCAGAAGCUAAGUCUCACAACAUUUAUAAUGAAGAAGAUCAGAACACAUUAAAUGAAAAUUCCAAUGACAAAUAUGAGUACCAUGAAAAAUCCAAUGAGCUUGGUGAUACAAAAUCUUUAUAUUCUGACUCAACUGCGUACAGCGGUAGCUCAUAUUUAAAUCAUCAAAAUGAUGAGUCUGAGUAUUUUGGAAAAUCCAUUGAUGGUAAUAUAAUGCAAAAUAUUGAACAAAAUAUAGAAAAUGGAUAUGUACCGAAUAGAAACAAAACUUUGACAAGAAGAAAAGUUAGAUUAGUUGGUGGCAAAACUGGUAAUUUAGUGUUGGAAAAUCCUAUACCUAAUGAAUUGAAGAAAGUGUUAACUAAAACUGAAUCACCAUUUGGAGAAUUUACCAAUAUGACUUACACUGCCUGUACAUCUAGCCCGGAUUCUUUUGUUGAUGAUGGUUUUACAUUGAGAGCAGCAAAGUAUGGUAGAGAAACUGAAGUAGUCAUUUGUAUAACCAUGUAUAAUGAGGAUGAAUUUGCAUUUGCUAGAACAAUGCAUGGUGUUAUGAAAAAUGUUGCACACUUAUGUUCAAGACACAAAUCAAAAGUGUGGGGAAAGGACAGUUGGAAAAAGAUUCAAGUUAUAAUAGUGGCUGAUGGUAGAAACAAAAUUAGUGAUUCUGUAUUACAGCUAUUAACAGCAACUGGUUGCUAUCAAGAUAAUUUGACACGUCCAUAUGUGAAUAACAAUAAAGUGAAUGCUCAUCUUUUUGAAUAUACUACUCAAAUAUCAAUAGAUGAAAAUUUGAAAUUUAAAGGUGAUGAAAAAAGUUUAGCUCCAGUUCAAGUUUUAUUUUGUUUAAAGGAACAAAAUCAAAAAAAAAUAAAUUCUCAUAGAUGGCUAUUCAAUGCAUUUUGUCCAGUCUUAGAUCCAAAUGUUAUAAUCUUAUUGGAUGUUGGAACCAAACCAGAUAAUCACGCAAUCUACAACUUAUGGAAAGCUUUUGAUAAAGAUUCAAAUGUUGCUGGUGCUGCAGGAGAAAUUAAAGCUAUCAAAGGAAAAGGAUGGAUCAAUUUAACUAAUCCUUUGGUUGCUUCACAAAAUUUUGAAUAUAAGUUAUCAAAUAUUUUGGAUAAGCCAUUAGAAUCAUUGUUUGGUUAUAUAUCAGUGUUACCUGGAGCUUUAUCAGCUUAUCGUUAUAUUGCAUUGAAAAAUCAUGAAGAUGGUACUGGUCCCCUAGCAUCAUAUUUUAAAGGUGAAGAUUUAUUGAAAUCACAUGAAAAGGAUAAGGAAAACACCAAAACCAACUUUUUUGAAGCUAAUAUGUAUCUAGCUGAAGAUCGUAUUUUAUGUUGGGAAUUAGUUUCCAAAAAGAAUGAUAAUUGGGUAUUAAAAUUUGUAAAGCUGGCAACUGGUGAGACUGAUGUACCUGAAACAAUAUCGGAAUUUCUAGCCCAAAGAAGACGUUGGAUCAAUGGUGCCUUUUUUGCUGCAUUAUAUUCUUUAUAUCAUUCAAAUAGAAUAUGGUACACUGACCAUUCUUAUGCUAGAAAAUUUUGGUUACAAAUUGAAUUCAUAUAUCAAUUCGUUACAUUGGUUUUCUCAUUUUUUUCAUUGAGUAAUUUUUACUUGACAUUUUAUUUUUUAACUGGUUCCCUUGUUAAAUACAAAAACAUAGGUCAUAACGGAGGAUUUUGGAUUUUUACUUUAUUCAAUUAUUUGUGCAUUUGCGUUUUAACAUCUUUAUUUAUUGUUUCAAUUGGCAACAGACCUCAUGCUUCAAGAAAUAUAUUCAAAGUCUUAAUCAUAUUAUUGACAAUUUGUGCUUUGUAUGCAUUGAUCGUUGGAUUUGUUUUUGUUAUUACUACUAUAGACCAAUUUGGUACAAACAACACAUCGACUUAUGUGCUAAUAAGUAUUGUGGUAUCAUUAUUAUCAACGUACGGGUUAUAUACGUUAAUGUCUAUCUUAUAUUUGGAUCCAUGGCAUAUGUUGACAUGCCUGUUGCAAUAUUUUUUGAUGAUCCCAUCUUACACUUGCACAUUACAAAUUUUUGCUUUCUGUAACACUCAUGAUGUAUCCUGGGGAACAAAAGGUGACAAUAACCCACAAGAAGACAAAUCAAAUCAGUAUAUUAUUGAACAAAAUGAUGAUGGUGAGUUUGAAGCUAUAGUUAUGGAUGUUAAUAUUGACGAGGUUUACGUAGAAUCACUUUACAAUAUUCGUGCAAAGAGAUCUGGUAAAAAAAUGAAACCAACAGCAAAGCCUAAAAAUGUCUUGGACGGUGAUGAUUAUGCCAAAGAUGUACGUACCAGAGUUGUGCUAUUUUGGUUGAUUGCUAAUUUGAUUUUCAUAAUGACUAUGGUUCAAGUUUAUAAACCUGGAGAUACUGCAAAAAAUAUAUAUCUUGCAUUCAUUUUAUGGACAGUUGCAGUUUUAUCAUUGUUUAGAGCCAUUGGUUCAUUAGGUUAUUUGAUUCAAAACUAUGCUAGGAAUUUAGUGGAAUUAAAAAGUAAGUGGGUUAGUAGAAAAUCAGGAUACACCAUACCAUCUCAUAAUGCCUUGAAUUGA